AAAGAUUCAGGGGUCCGAAUCAGCGCACUUGCCUAACUGUUGAGUACAACUUCUGUAGGCCAGUACAACUUGUAGGUUAUAGCCUAUUCAGUCAUUGCUGUCAAUUUCCAGUAGUGAUUGUUACAUCAGCCGUACAAUGUUCAGUUCAGGACAUUCAAAUCACAUAGGCUAUUUGUGAUCUUAGGCUACAUCUUAAAGGCAUGUGCUACAUGUGACGGUACGGAUGCUAGGCAUGGGACAAGCAGCAGAUUCGGGUGAAUAACCGCAUUGGACCGUUGUGGGAGAUGACAGAUGGACGCUUGGGGAAGAUCGGAUCCCCCCGGCCUGCAGUCCAGGGUCAACAUGGAGCAGGGCCUCAGCUUCAGCGCGCUGAAGAAGUUGGCGGCAGAGCCGGACCACACUGAUGUCAGCCUCUCGGCGGUGGAGCGCAUCCGCGCCUUGAGCAAGAUGGGCUGCAGCAUCGAGAUCAACGAGGACAUCACGCCCCGCCGGUACUUCCGCUCGGGCGUGGAGAUGGAGCGCAUGGCCUCCAUCUACCUGGAGGAGGGCAGCCUGGAGAACGCCUACGUCCUCUAUAACAAGUUCAUCACGCUAUUUGUGGAGAAACUCCCUACCCACAGGGACUACCAGCACUGCAGUGUUCCUGAGAAGCAGGUUAUAAUGAAGAAAUUACAAGAUGUCGCUUUUCCAUGCAAAGAUCAUUUGAAGAAGCUUCUUCAGGAGAAAUACAACAAAGAACACACAGAGUAUCUGAAGAAUCAGAGCCAGGCCGCAGAGGGCUGUGGCCAGCAGCUGCAGAGGCUGUCCCUGCUGGAGGAGGAGCGGCAGCGCGUGGCGCAGCUGCGCAGGAUGCAGAUCGAGUCCGAGCAGUUCCGUUACUUCGAGGACCAGCUGCGCAGACAGGAGCUGGCCAACCGGAAGGAGGAGGCCAUCCCGAAAGUGCCCGAACAAACCGAUGGGUCCUGCUUGACUCAGCCUCCCAAAAACCACGUUUGCCUCAAUCCCAGCCGCAACAAUCGAUCUCAGUCUGUCCCUGUCAACAAGCCGCCCGCUACGCUGGGCGCUAUACAGAGUCAGCCUGUGGACGGACUCAGGCGUGUAGUUAUUCCCAGGGACCUCACCUACAAGUUUCUACUACUGGCAGACACUAAUACAGCCAGAGGGAUUGAGACCUGUGGCGUUCUCUGUGGAAAACUGACCCAUAACGAGUUUGUGCUGACCCACGUUAUCGUGCCCAAACAAUCGGCCGGCCCCGACUACUGCGACAUGGAAAACGUGGAGGAGCUGUUUGGGUUCCAGGACCAACACGACCUCUUGACCCUGGGCUGGAUUCAUACACAUCCCACGCAGACGGCCUUCCUCUCCAGUGUGGAUCUCCACACUCACUGCUCGUACCAGCUGAUGCUGCCUGAGGCCUUAGCCAUUGUGUGCUCUCCGAAGCACAACGACACCGGGGUCUUCAGAUUGACUAGCUCAGGCAUGGGAGAGGUGGCUGGCUGUCGAAUGAAGGGCUUUCACCCACACUCCAAGGACCCCCCAUUGUUCAGUGUCUGCCGGCACGUCGUGGUGAAGGACAUGAAAACAGUGGUGCUGGACCUCAGGUGACAGUUUCGGGAGGAAGCGCCCGUCCGCUGACACGCCCACCCUCACAGACCAGAGUUUUUUUAUUUAUAUCCUCGUUCACUUGAAGGCUUUUUUUUGUAUUUAUUUAUUUUUUAAAGAAAAGGUACUGUGAAUCGAUGUCGCUUUCCUGCGCCGGAUGAUGUGAACGUUCAUUGUGAAGCUGCUGUAUGGAGUUGCUAAAAAUGGUGGUGUUCCCUUGCUUUCCUUUCCCUCCCCUCUAUAUUGUCAUUGGCUUUGGUUUUAGUGGCUUGUUCUCUCUAUCAUGGCAGAGGGGAGUUUGAAGUUACUCUUUCCCAAGGUCAUCUUUGGGGACCUGCACAUUAGAUUUGAUAGGGGAUGCAAAAAAUAAAAGAUUUAGCACGAAUAGCUAUAUCAGGGAUUUAAAGGAAGACAAAAAUGGCUUGCCUUACAUAAAUGAAGAGAUCUUUUAAUUUUUUUUUAAAGAUACUAAUUUUAAAUGUGAAAUAAACCAAUGCUACUAUAUCAGGAUUUUGGUAAUUCUUAUCAUUGCCUAAUGCAGGGCUGCCCAGGCCUGUUCCUGAAGUUUUAACGUCCUGUAUGGUUUCACUCCAACCCUAACAAAGCACACCUCAUUCAAUAGCAAGAGAGCUCAUUGAGCUACUAAUUAGUAGAAUCAGGUGUGUCAAAUGAGCGUUUGAGUGAAAACCUGCAGGACUGUAGAUCUCCAGUAACAGGGUUGGGCAGCCCUGGCCUAAUGCAUAAAUGAUCAGAGUAUAGUGUCGGCACAUGGGCUGUGUCCCCGGGAAUGAGGAGAAGCAGAAUGGUUAUUGUUUCACGUAACCGGGAAGCAGAAUGGCACCGUAGCACUACUGUUCUUGCUCACUUUUCCCAUUUUUAUGCUAACUAUCCUACAAAAAUAUCUUUCCGUAUUGUCCAACUGUUGUGUAAUGCCACAAUCCCGUUCUGAACUGAUGGUAACUGAAAUAUUAUAAGAAGUAGUAAAACAUCCCAAAAUGCCAGAAAAAAAAUCCGCCAACAGCAAGGGCGACCUGGGUACCAUGAUUGAAAUGGCUUUGAAGGAGCAGUGUGUAUUCAUUGAGUCACAGUUUUACAUCCGCUUGGGCAUCAUUCAAGCUGAAGGUUGUGCUAAAGCAAAGGACUUAUAAAACUGAGAUCUGACGCAAAGGAUGAACAUCCUGUUAAUCAAUCCACCCAGCGGUGAUGCAAGAGGAUCGAUCUUGCAGAGGUAGCUUCCGUAUUGUCAACCUACCUGAAGCUGCUGAAGGAAACAACCUUGUGGCAUUCACCAUAACCUCAUUCCAAAAUGGCUCCCUACCCUGUCCGUGUAGAAGUUAGAGGUGAAGAGAGCUCACCGUAUAGACCCCAAAUUCAAGAUACUUCACUACACAGAUUGAGACCAAAUCCUCAAAGAAUCCAGAGGAUUUUCUCUUCUGCUUUCCUGCGGGUACAGCCCAUGUCAUAUGUGUAAGAAGCAAGACUAACUAGAAUUUCAUUAUAAUACUAAUACUCAGUUUCCAUGCAGAGGUUUGAAGGAUUUUGUCAAUGGGUGUGUGUCCUAUUGAGAAAAAAACAACAAAAAAGCAAAAUGAAGUUAUCUAGCUAACAUUAUACAAAAAUGUACAAACUAAAUCAUUUUAUAACUUUAUAUUUUUUGGUUUUGGAUGUUUUUAUAUUGUCGUUCGUUGUCUCUGAUAAGAUGCUUUUGGGCAGCUGUAUGUUGUACAUUAUGAAUUUGAAUGCGCUAUUUUGUGUGAUUCACUUGAUGCUCGACGCGGAGAUGUUGACCUUCUCAUGAUAUGAGUAGGAGGCGAAAAAACGGAAACAAAAAUAGCCUGGAGAGUGGCUUGUUUAGGAUGUGGAGACUAAACCAAAGUGCUUAGAAUGUCACAAGCAAAGAACCCGAAUACGCCUUACAGUGGAGGAGUUUUUUGCCGUUGGCACAAGGCCCUCAGCACACACGCAGCUCAGGUAUGAAACCUACCUUUUUAACGCCCUGAUAGCACUGAAUCGCGUCUCCGCCCUCGCUGAAAAGAGGCGGCCAUUUUCACCGUUAGAGCUGGUUAGAGAUCCUGAGAGCAGUGCCAGGCCUACCCAGUGCUCACAGCCCCCUGCCCAGCGCUCCAGAAUGUGACCUCUUGCCCGUGUUUGUUUUUUUCUUCCCCUGGUCGUGUGGUGUGCCAUUUUACUGCUGCCGUAGUCAGCUCGGUGGUGCAGCCGAAACACGCACUCCACUAUUGACGUUGCAUCACGUGAAAGAGAAAACUGAACGAGAGUCAAGAUUGAAGUGGAUUCACGGCCAUGAUUCACUUGUUUCCUCUGCUGUUUUAAUAAUAAAGGAUAACUUAAACUUUG